CGGCCGCUGUUUUCGGGUGCUCCCUAGCUCCCUGCCCGCCUGCGACGGACCCCACGCGAAAUGAAUUGGUGGUUGCAGGAUUUUAUUCCGAAUGACUUUAGGGAGAGGAGGGAUGUCUCCACUUCAGGCCAUAUCUUCCUAUACUGCAGCUGGCAGGAAUGUUUUAAGAUGGGAUCUUUCACCAGAGCAAAUUAAAACGAGAACUGAGGAGCUCAUUGUGCAGACCAAGCAAGUGUACGAUGCUAUUGGAAUGCUUGACCUUGAGGAAGUAACUUACGAGAACUGUUUGCAGGCACUGGCAGACGUAGAGGUGAAGUACAUAGUGGAACGAACCAUGCUGGACUUUCCCCAGCACGUCUCCUCUGACAAAGAAGUACGGGCGGCAAGCACAGAAGCGGACAAGAGACUUUCUCGUUUUGAUAUUGAGAUGAGCAUGAGAGAAGAUGUAUUUCGGAGAGUUGUUCAUUUACAGGAAACCUGUGAUCUGGGGAAGAUAAAGCCUGAAGCCAGACGAUACUUGGAAAAGUCAGUUAAAAUGGGGAAAAGAAAUGGGCUCCAUCUUCCAGAACAAGUACAAAAUGAAAUCAAAGCUAUGAAGAAAAGAAUGAGUGAGCUAUGCAUUGACUUUAACAAAAACCUCAAUGAGGAUGAUACCUUCCUUGUAUUUUCCAAGGCUGAACUUGGUGCUCUUCCUGAUGAUUUCAUUGAUAGUUUAGAAAAGACAGAUGAUGGCAAGUAUAAAAUUACCUUAAAAUAUCCGCACUAUUUUCCUGUCAUGAAGAAGUGUUGUAUCCCAGACACCAGAAGGAAGAUGGAAAUGGCUUUUAAUACGAGGUGCAAAGAGGAAAACACCAAAAUUCUACAGCAGCUACUCCCACUGCGGGCCAAAGUAGCCAAACUACUUGGCUACAGCACACAUGCUGACUUUGUCCUCGAAAUGAACACUGCGAAGAGCACAAGCUGUGUGACAGCCUUCCUAGAUGAUUUAAGCCAGAAAUUAAAACCCUUGGGUGAGGCAGAGCGAGAGUUUAUUUUGAAUUUGAAGAAAAAGGAAUGUGAAGAGAGAGGUUUUGAAUACGAUGGGAAAAUCAAUGCCUGGGAUCUGUAUUACUACAUGGCGCAGACAGAAGAGCUCAGGUACUCCAUAGACCAGGAGGUCCUCAAGGAGUUCUUCCCCAUUGAAGUGGUUACUGAAGGCUUGCUCGGCAUCUACCAGGAGUUAUUGGGACUCUCAUUUGAGCAAGUGGCAGAUGCUCACGUGUGGAAUAAAAGUGUUACACUUUACACUGUGAAGGAAAAAGCCACAGGAGAAGUGCUGGGACAGUUCUACUUGGACCUCUACCCAAGGGAAGGGAAGUACAACCACGCAGCCUGCUUUGGCCUCCAGCCUGGCUGCCUCCUCCCCGACGGGAGCCGCAUGAUGUCGGUGGCAGCCCUUGUGGUGAACUUCUCACAGCCCCUCGCAGGUCGUCCUUCCCUCCUGAGGCACGAUGAGGUGAGGACCUACUUCCACGAGUUUGGUCAUGUCAUGCAUCAGAUUUGUGCACAGACUGACUUUGCACGAUUUAGUGGAACCAAUGUGGAAACUGACUUUGUAGAAGUGCCAUCACAAAUGCUUGAAAAUUGGGUGUGGGACACUGAUUCGCUCCGGAGACUAUCAAAGCAUUAUAAAGAUGGAAGGCCUAUUAUGGAUGACCUGCUUGAAAAUCUUGUUGCUUCUAGAUUGGUCAACACAGGUCUUCUGACCCUACGCCAGAUUGUUCUGAGCAAAGUUGAUCAGUCUCUCCACACCAACACAUCGCUGGAUGCUGCGAGUGAAUAUGCGAAAUGCUGCACAGAAAUUCUGGGUGUUGCGGCUACUCCAGGCACAAACAUGCCAGCUACCUUUGGACAUUUGGCAGGAGGAUAUGAUGGGCAAUAUUAUGGAUAUCUUUGGAGUGAAGUAUUUUCCAUGGACAUGUUUUACAGCUGUUUUAAAAAAGAAGGCAUAAUGAAUCCAGAGGUUGGAAUGAAAUACAGAAACCUAAUCCUGAAACCUGGGGGAUCUCUGGACGGCAUGGACAUGCUCCAGAAUUUCUUGAAACGUGAGCCAAACCAAAAAGCGUUCCUAAUGAGCAGAGGCCUGCAUGCUUCGUAAGCUGGGGCUCUUUGGUAGCAGUCCAUGUCUGGAGGACAAGCCGACAUCGCCAUGGGUGACUGGCCUGGAAACUGAAGGGAGUUUUGCAAGUGAAAAUGUAGAUUUCUAUUGACUGCCUUUUUUUUUAUUUGAAAAAUUAUACA